CACAGCAAACUAAUUUCUUCUCACCAAAAAUUCCAAAGAGAGAAGAAUGAAAGCUGGUGGCUAUUCGUUCUCGUUCAAGAGGCUAAACAAGAAGAGUGUCGCCGGAACUGUUGGUUCUGAAGUAGGUACUGAUGCCGGAGACCAUCAUGAUCCCUUAACUCAGCUGCCGCCGCAGCAGCAUCGGCAGUCGUCGUGGCGGUGGCGAUUCAAAAAUCUGUCUUCUGGAUUGAGAUGGAAGAGUAAAAGGCUUUACAAAUUGCGAUACUGGUUCAUUGAUUGCUUCCUAUUCAAGAUUGUUUCUGCAUUUGAAGCCAUUUUUCUCGUCUCCGCUUUGGCUUUCUUCUACCUCUGCUUCGGCUGCCAUAUCUAAAUUCUUCCAUAACUCAAAAAACAGCAAUUGAUAGAGUAAAUUAACAGUUAGGAAGUGGAAUUCUGAAGAAAAGUUGAAAUCUUUGAGAUCAUUGGAGGAGCUUAAUUGCUAAUUAAUGCUUUAAUGGUGUGAAAUUUAUCAUUAGAUUUAUUUUUCUUACUUUUUUUGUUGAGGUUUUUGUAAAGAUUAAUCGUAUAGAGAAAGUUAGUGGACUUAUUUGCAUUACUAACUUAGAGAUUCUUUUAUAAUGUAAUCUUAAUUAUUACUCUA